AUGGGUGUUCCAAUCCGUGAUGAAUUGGCUAUGAGAAACGAUGAGGGUUCGACUUCGAUUCUCAAAGAUGAGAUAGCAAAUCAUCGAGAUAACCCAUUCAUGCCAGUCGAUAUAGAAGAAGCUAAAGAAUAUAUUAAUAAUAUCCCCCAUUAUAUUCUUCGCCUUUAUGGGUACCUCAUUAAUGACCAGAAAGCAGUUGUCGCCAUUACUGGUAUUAAGGUAUUUUUCGAUAUUCGUGUUCCUGAUAAUACAAGUAUUCCUAAAUUCUGGUCCAAAAUAAAGGGUAUUCUUGCUACUGGGAAAGAUGGUAAUGGGGGCACUGUGAACAUGAAUCUAAUCCGGAUGGAAUGUAUAAAGGCAUACCCUAUCCGUGGUUAUCAUGUGGAAAAAAAGCUGUAUCUCCGUAUUGUCGCACCCAAUAAAGAUGAAAGGUUCACUGCUCUCAAUAUCAUCUCAAGCUACAAUUCAAAGGUUGAUCCCGAAUGUAAAAUAGAGACAGCUUCAGAUGAUACAGGCACAUAUUAUCGUAAAGUUGCAAGAGAAUAUCAGAUACCACUUUCCGGCUGGGGAUUAAUAAGUGAUUAUAGAUAUAAUUUCAGUGCACCUUAUUAUGCGAAAUCCCAUCACUGCCCACAUGUAUUUUAUGUUCACAUUGAUAGCUUUCGCCCCAUAGACAAUUUUGAACCACUUUACAAAAUCUAUCCAUCUUCUCUCUUUACUCACGAUCGAGCAUUGGUUCUAACAUGGGACAUAGAAACAUACGAUUCACGUGGAUCAGGAAAUUUCCCAGAAGCGAAAAAUGACACGUCCCAAGUUUUUACGAUCUGCAUGACCCUACACUGGAAAGAUGACCCAAUUCCUCUAGAGAGAAUAUGUUUAGUCGAUGUAGAAACAAAACCAGACCCACGCUUGAUCACAAUCAUAUGCGGGAAUCAAGCCAAUUUAUUAAAAGCUUUUGCUUUAUGUUGGAAAUCUUUUGCCCCAGAUAUCCAGCUUGGUUUUAACGAUUCAGGAUAUGAUUGGCCUUUUAUUGUGGAAAAGGCCACCAAAUUAAAGGUUCUCGAAUGGAUGGUUCAGCGAAUGUCAGCGAAACCACGUAAGAAAGCCAAUGCUAAUUCUAUUCUUAUUUGGAAUUAUUUUGGGGGGGAAGGGGAACCAUCUAGCAGUAAUUUCUUCCAGAGGAAUUCACAAUGGGUAAAAAAGACAGAUAAGAGGUUACUAGAUAAGGAUUGUAAAAAAACAGGAUGUCGAGAAUCCAUUAAGAUCAAAAUCCAUCCUAGUUUAA